UUGUGUUUAUCCACGCUCAGAACAAUCGUCCGCUCCGUUAUUUUCUGUCUCGUUUCGCACCGACCCUCGCGCGCCCACCCUGGGAGUGACGUCGCCUAUAAAGCCGGGAUGGAAAUCGGGAGUUUGAUGAGAGCGCGCGAGCCCUUGCCGUCCGGCAGCAGCAGCAGCAGCAGCAGGAGCAGGAGCGCACAGUGACAGCACACCGCUAGGGAGAGAAGAGCCAGUGGAGAUCUAGAAAGAGCCAGUAGCUAACGUAGAAGGUGGAAUGCGACUGAACAGCAUUGUAUGGUCGUUUGCUGUCAGUUUCCUCUGACUAACAUUGUUGGCUCGAGCAGAACCGGUGGAAACUGUGGCUGGAAAUUCAAGAAUAUCGGGAACAUUCUCGUGUGUCCAGAACACUAUUUACCACCUGGCUUUUAUUAUUCUUCUCCUCGUGUUGGCUGCUCGUGACAAAAUUGUAUUUGGAAGCCUUGACUCAGUCCGGAGCAUCAUCUACGUUUCAGCGGAAUUUUAACAAGUCUAUCCGUAUAACGAAACAAAGUGUAAAGUGAAGCUUUUCCUUUGUGCUUUAUGGGAUUAUUCCGAAGGAAGCGGCUUUGUUUUGGAUAAGAACCGUUUGGCAUCAUGAGUUCCAGUGGAACACAUCAGCAAGGCACUGCAGCCGGGGGGCGCGGUGCCAGCUCUGGGUCAAUCAGGUGCCAGCGGUGCCGGGAGGUGUGCAAGGGGGAGGUGGUGCGAGUUCAGGACACCCACUUCCACGUCAAGUGCUUCACCUGCACAGUGUGCAACUGCGACCUGGCCCGCUCUGGGUUCUUCCAAAAGAAGGGCGAGUAUGUGUGCACCGCGGACUACCAGAGGCUGUACGGCACCCGCUGCGACCGCUGCGACGGCUUCAUCACCGGGGAGGUGGUGUCUGCACUGGGCCGCACCUACCACCCCCGCUGCUUCGUCUGCAGCCUCUGCAGGAAACCCUUUCCCAUUGGAGACAGAGUGACCUUCAGCGGAAAAGACUGUGUGUGCCAACAGUGCUCACACACCCUGGUCAAACAAAAUGAACCAAUCAGGAUCCAUGGACCCAGUCACUGUGCGGGGUGUGGGGAUGAGAUCAAGCAGGGUCAGUCUCUCCUGGCGCUAGAGAAGCAGUGGCACGUCAGCUGCUUCAGGUGCCAUACCUGCAGCAUCGCUCUCACUGGGGAGUACAUCAGCAAGGACGGAGUGCCGUACUGCGAGACCCACUACCACGCCCAGUUCGGGGUGAAAUGUGAGACGUGUUGCAGAUACAUCAGUGGCCGGGUUCUGGAGGCUGGAGGGAAGCACUACCACCCAACCUGCGCUCGUUGCUCUCGCUGCAACCUGAUGUUCAAAGAGGGCGAGGAGAUGUAUCUGACAGGAAACGAGGUGUGGCACCCGUUGUGUAAGCAGGCUGCAAGGGCCGAGCGGAGACUCAGGCACAGGCGCCUAUCAGAGGCCUCCAUCUCUCCACCGGGCUCCUCCAUUGGCUCACCCAGCAGGGUGAUAUGCGCCAGAUUGGAGAGUCAGAUUCUAAAUUAUAAGGACUUGGCCGCCCUGCCCAGGGUCAAGGCCAUAUACGAGAUGCAGCCGGAUCUCAUAGCCUCCGCUCAACAGCCGCACCACAGAUACAUGUCAGAGGAUGACAGGCUAGACACUUACAGCUAUGGGGAGUCCCUUGGGACUCUGUCUCCGUGUUCCCAGGACUACGACAGCCCUGAUAUGAAGCAGAGAAGGUGCUCCAGUCCGGGAUACAUCGACUCGCCAACGUUCAGCCGCCAGGGAAUGUCCCCCAGCAUGCCUCGCUCCCCACUUCACUACGGCUACCCCGGUUCUGAAAGUGGGAGGAGCUCACCUUGCUAUGGACAGGAUGGGCGGUCCAUCACCCCUACCAUGUAUCAGCCCCCAAAACACUUCCACGUCCCAGACAAUCACCCGGAUGCAGCCACUAAAAGCAGGACCAGCGAGGACAUCCUCCGAUCUUCCAGGCUCUCCACCUAUUCUCCAGAGUCCUACGCCCAGUCCGAGUCCGACUACUACCCCUACACCAGUUCACCUCGAACGUACCGUGCUCCUCGGAGGCGCUUCUCCACGGGAGGAGAUGAGGAGACCUGGAAUCACGGCCUUCAAAGAAUUGGGAGUGGCAUCGGCAGGUUGAUCCUAAAGGAGGAGAUGAAAGCCAGAUCUGGUUCCUAUGACAACGACCCCUGGGGCAGUGCAAGGAAUUCUCGCAGUGGGAGCAAGGAGACACUCAACACCACGGGCUACGGCUCCACGGCGUACAACAACACUGUCAACGGAUCUCCCCAAACUCAGUACUCCACCAACAGCGACUAUGGCUGUAAGUCAGCCUCUCUUCCUGGAUACGGACGCAACGGAAUCCAAAGGCCUCAGAGUGCUGACUGCUACCAGUACCAGUAUGACUCCAGCAGUGAAGUUAACUGGGGAAGCAGAGAAUACCAGAUUUAUCCAUAUGAAGCACUCAUUGUCACCACUAGAGGGCGGAAUAAGCUCCCAAAAGACGUAAACAGAGCAAGACUGGAGCGCCACCUGUCAGGGGAGGAGUUUGUCCAGGUGUUCGGGAUGACGGUGGAGGACUUCGACCGGCUGGCUCUGUGGAAGAGGAACGAGCUGAAGAAGCAGGCUCGCCUCUUCUAACCGUGGGCCGCCCCCCCAGACCAGAGACCAGCCUUACCCCCCCCCCGCCCUCUCCUCUCCUGGUCCUGGUCCCCCUCUCCCGGGAGACACCGGGAGGGGAGAGAAAGAAAGAGAGGAGAAAGUGUGCUCCACGCCUAUUCCACUGCCACGGCUGAAAAUCUGUUCAAUCUUAUGGAACCAAAUUCUGCCAAGCCCAGUCAGGAUGACUGAGACACGGACACACUGCAAGAGACACACACACACACACACACACACACACACACACACACACACACACACACACACACACACACACACACACACACACUGAUAUACAUGCGGGCAAGAGGAUGGCCACACACACACAAACACACACGUCAUGUACAGACGGAGGGAUAGGAGUACAUGGUGUGCGUACCUGACCGCGGGAGUGUGUUCCUGGGCAUCGUUUGGGUCGCCGCUCACUCACCACUCUGACCAGCUUCACCGGCUGAGGUCUCAUGAGCAGUAGUCUGUAGGCUGUUGUCGCCCUGUAUAAGAGGUGUCGUAUCUGUUUUGAUAGGGAAGGAGGCGGGGCCUCUGGCGUCAUGUGACAUGUCAUGUGACCACGGAGAGAGACAGAAACAGAGGCAGAGGACCUGUGUCGUGAGCACAGCAGCCACUCCGCAGUCCCUCUUUAUUCAUAUUAUUAUAAACAAAAAGAAAAAGUUUCUGGCUUUGCCUUAUUAAACCUGUUGUAACACUCCCUUUUGUUCUGAGUGUGCAGAACCAGCAAGCUGAAUGAAUGAAUGUAUUUGUGUAAUUUGAGAUGCUGGAUUGAUGAAUGGACAGAUGCAUGAAAAGAGUAAUGGAAGGACGGUUAGAUAGAUGAAUGAUCAGACGGACGGAAUGCUGGAUGCAUGGAUGGAUGACUGUACAAAAGGUUGGCUUGAUGAGUGGAUGCUUUUGCUUUUCUUUGGAUUUGAUUUUAGGUGUGUGUGUGUGUGUGUGUGUGUGUGUGUGUGUGUGUGUGUGUGUGUGUGUGUGUGUGUGUGUGUGUGUGUGUGUGUGUGUGUGUGUGUGUGUGUGUGUGUGUGUGUGUGUGUGUGUGUGUGUGUUUCUCAGUGUGGUGUGUGUGUGUGUGUGUGUGUGUGUGUGUGUGUGUGUGUGUGUGUGUGUGUGCAUGACAUUAGAUGAUUUGUGUGAAAAUGAAAAAAACCAAAUGCACUUAUGCACAAUUUAGCAAAAUGACUUCCUUGUUGGUCUCUGGUGAAAAUGGAGGGUUUGUUUGUAGAUACGGUUGACAACAUAACUGAUAAGCUAAAAUAAUUUAUAAUGGAGUAAAAUAACGUCAUGAAAAAUACUUGCAACACUGUUCCCCUUUAGCCUACCAUGUUUUUUAACUCUGACAUUACAAUAGCAUCACGACACGAUAGAUAAAUAAAGUGCAGGUCUUAGAAAGUUUUAUUCAGAGCAAUUUAAACAGUAGCCAUAUGUAUAACACAACUGUUAAUUGUUUCAAAUGUUUACCGAAUCAUUUUGUAGCUUCCGAUUGUUUUUCCUUUCAACUUCAGAUUAAAAUAAAUACCCAGGGGUUUGGACUAUUUUACUUUAUUUUGCUAUAAGUUUGA